AUGGAAGCGACGGUGGCACGGGGCGAGGUGCUCAUGAGCCAGGCCAUCCAGCCGGCACACGCGGACUCCCGCGGGGAGCUGAGCGCAGGACAGCUACUCAAGUGGAUGGACACCACCGCCUGCCUGGCAGCUGAAAAACAUGCCGGAAUUUCCUGCGUCACAGCCUCAAUGGACGACAUUCUGUUUGAGGACACGGCCAGAAUUGGACAAAUUAUUACCAUCCGAGCAAAAGUGACCAGAGCAUUCAGCACAAGCAUGGAGAUCAGUAUCAAGGUCAUAGUACAGGACAAGUUCACUGGCGCCGAGAAGCUCCUCUGUGUGGCUUUCUCUACGUUUGUUGCUAAACCAGUCGGAAAAGAAAAGGUCCAUUUAAAACCCGUCCCGCUUCAAACGGAGCAAGAGCAAGUAGAAUACACUCUGGCUGCGGAGAGGAGGAAAGUCCGACUGCAGCACGAGAGCACCUUCAACAACAUCAUGAAGGAGAGCGGCCGGUUGGAUGAUCCCGUUUGCAACGAUGAAGAAGGAACGGCCACCACCAUGGGCACCUCCGUUCAGAGCAUCGAGCUUGUCCUCCCACCCCAUGCAAACCAUCAUGGAAACACGUUUGGUGGACAGAUUAUGGCAUGGAUGGAGACAGUUGCAACCAUCUCUGCAAGCCGUCUGUGUUAUGGACAUCCCUUUCUGAAGUCUGUGGAUAUGUUCAAAUUCCGGGGACCAUCCACCGUUGGGGAUCGCCUUGUUUUCAAUGCCAUAGUUAACAACACAUUUCAGAACAGCGUGGAGGUUGGAGUGCGUGUUGAGGCCUUUGACUGCCAGGAGUGGGCCGAGGGCCAAGGCCGCCACAUCAACAGCGCUUUCCUUAUUUACAAUGCUGUUGAUGAUCAGGAGGAAAUCAUCACCUUCCCCAGAAUCCAACCCAUAUCAAAGGAUGAUCUGCGGCGCUAUCAGGGAGCUAUCGCAAGAAGGAGAAUUCGCCUGGGCAGGAAAUAUGUUAUUUCCCACAAAAAAGAAGCUCCACCCAGCACACAAUGGGAUAUAAGCAAAAAGGAAUCCCUAAGCCAUGCCAAUGUGGAGGCUCUCAAAAACCUGGCAUCCAGAAGUGGUUGGGAAGUCACCAGCACCUUGGAGAAGAUAAAAAUAUAUACCCUGGAAGAGCAAGAUGCCAUAUCUGUUAAGGUUGAAAAGCGUGUUGGCAGUCCAGCCCACGCGGCUUAUCAUCUCUUGUCCGACUUCACAAAUCGGCCUUUAUGGGACCCCCAUUACAUCUCCUGCGAUGUGGUGGACCAGGUGAGUGAGGACGAUCUAAUAUAUCACAUCAUCUGCUCUGUGGUAAACGGCGACAAACCCAAAGACAUUACCGUGCUUGUGUCGCGACGAAAGCCCCUCAAAGACGAUAACACUUACAUCGUAGCAGUGAAGUCGGUCUCCCUGCCAUCCAUCCCAGCAUCUGCACAGUACAUCAGAAGCGAAGUCAUAUGUGCGGGCUUUCUCAUCCAGGCGGUCGACAGCAGUUCAUGCACUGUAGCGUACCUGAAUCAGAUGUCAGACAGCAUCCUCCCUUACUUUGCUGGCAAUAUUGGUGGCUGGUCCAAAUCCAUUGAGGAAGCUGCAGCUGCUUGUAUAAAAUUCAUAGAGAAUGCUGCUCAUGAUGGACUUAAAAGCGUGUUAUAA